AUGUUACAGGUUCAUCAUCAACAUGACAACACAUUUGUCCCGAACCCAUUUAAACCUCCCUCUGGCUGGACACCUCACCGUGGCCUCAAUGCCGAUCUGGAUACUUUCCUUAACAUCACAUCUUUUUUCAUUACCGACACCCCUCCUAAGCCUAAUGUUUUUCCGAACCUCCAACCGGAAGAAUCCCAAGCUAUCAUUUCUCUCAGAGAGAAUAAAGAUAUCAUCAUUAAACCCGCUGAUAAAGGCGGGGCUAUCGUUAUUCUUAAUCGCGCUGACUACAUUACGGAGGCAGAACGCCAACUCUGCAAUACUGAACACUAUAGACCAUUAGACACGGAUCUCACCCAGAACAUAGUCAAGGAUAUCAAUAAAUUCCUACAACGGGUUAAACCUUAUCUUGCUAAAGACUUAGUCUCUUUUAAUACCAUCAAGGAUGCGAGGACACCUCUUUUUUAUCUCCUGCCUAAAAUUCAUAAACCCGGCAACCCGGGCAGGCCGAUAGUAUCAGCUGUAGGCGGACCUACAGAAAAAUUGUCGGCUACGGUCGACUUUUAUCUCAAACCACUUGCUUCCGAAGUAAAGUCUUACUUGAAAGACACUACAGAUUUUCUCAACAAAAUCCUUGAUCUCCGACAGAUUCCCGCGCAUAGCUUCUUGGUAACUGCGGACGUGUCUUCGCUAUAUACAUCGAUUCCACAUAGGGAUGGCAUUCUUGCGGCCAAACGCGCUUUGGAUACUAGAGGUGAUAAUUCUCCACCUACAUGGAUCCUCCUGCGGUUUCUACAUUUUGUCUUGACUUGUAAUUGUUUUAGAUUUAACAACCAACAUUACCUUCAAAUUCAAGGCACUAGCAUGGGUACCAAAUGUGCGCCGAACUAUGCCGUUUUAUUCAUGGACCAACUUGAAACCAAUUUUCUAACAUCUCAACCUCUGAAACCUCUAGUAUGGUGGAGGUUCAUCGAUGAUAUUUUCUUUAUUUGGACCUUCCGUCGCGAGGACCUUUGUGCCUUCAUGGAGAGUCUCAGCCGAUUUCAUCCCAAAAUUAAAUUCACCUAUGAGGUAAGCUCUACCAGUAUGAAUUUCCUAGACACCACGGUAAUCAAAGAGGAAGACGGCACAUUGCAAACCACAUUGUAUACCAAACCCACGGACGCACAUCUUUACCUUCACUAUCAUUCAUGCCACCCUCGUCAGCAAAUCCGGAACAUCCCGUUUGGACAACUCCUCAGGGUACGCCGUAUAUGUUCUACGUUGGACGAGUUUGAAAAACAUAGCCGAGUCAUGUGUGACCACUUCCGACUACGGGGAUAUCCACGGAAUCUUUUAGAGUCGGCCACAGUUAAAGCGAGGAACACCGAUAGAUUAACUUUACUUCGGAAGGCGGAUACAAAUGCCAAAACCAUUGUUCCAUUCAUAACUAAAUACGAUCCUCAUCGUCAACAUAUAGGAUCAAUCCUGAAAAACCAUAGAGGCAUCCUCAACCGUAUUGGCCCCCAAAUGGACCACUCGGUUAUCACUGUAGCUUACAAGAGAGCCAACAAUAUUAGGAAUCUUCUAGUUAGAGCGGACAUUGAUCCACCAAACCGUACUAAGGGUAGUCAACCUUGUCGCCGACCAUGCAAUUUGUGUCCGUUCAUGGAAAACUGCUCCUCCGUUACGAGCAAAUCAAACAAACAAACGUUUACCAUCCGACACAGUAUUAACUGUAACUCUACUAGCGUAGUUUAUAUGAUACAAUGUCAGAAAUGCGGUACUCAAUAUAUUGGACAAACCGGUAACUCCAUCAGAGAACGAUUCCAUGGUCAUUUUGCCGAUAUCAGGAAUAAAAACAUGCACAAACCAGUCUCGCGUCACUUCACCUCUACGGAACACGACACAGAGAAUGUGAAAAUUAUCGGUCUCCAAAUCACCCCAGGGGAUGUUAAUACACGCCUACGUACAGAAGAAGCCUUUAUCACAUACUUGAACACCGCAGAACCACAGGGACUUAAUAUCAGACACGGAUAA